AUGAUUGGUCACGCUCAUAUACCAUUAGAAGAACGCAAUGUAGAACAACCAGUCGAAGAAAAAAAAAUUCAGACAAUAAUGAUAUAUAAGAAUCCCAAUGAUGGACAUGAUGUUGAUUUAUUAACAAUAACCGGUGUUAGACAAAAAACUAAUUUAUAUGUAACAUUAUUAAUUGAUAUUGUUUUUACACAACAAGAAUUAUUGCAACUUGAUGCAACAAAACUCAAAUUUAAUGAUGGCUAUAAAUUAAUACAAGAAGCUGUACGAAAUAAAUUUCGAUUAUCAGAUGAUAUUUUUAAAACUGAAUGGUGUAAUUUACAUGAAAUAUUUUUAAAUAAACGUCGAGAUAUUAAAAAAGCUUUAGAAAACAACAAACAACGGAUCAAACAAAUCCAACAACACAAACUUAAAACUUAA